UCAAAUACACAUGAAUGACUAGAGUCAGUCAUAAAUCUGCACUCAUACAGCUCACUACUCCAGGCUUAGAGUGUAGAUAAAGCAGUGCAGGUAUUCUUAUGCACUCACUUUGACCAGAAGCGAUUCUGUGAAGGGUGUGGGCUUCCAGAGUAAACAGAGGUCAGCCUUCCAGCCCUGCCCAGGAUACAGGGAGAAGUCACCAGAUAUUCACCAUGGAGAGAAUGUCCUUGAAGGAGAGGAUGGGGGCACAGCUGAUGAAGGAGCUGAACCUGAACCCUAAAAUGCCAAAAAACACAAAAAAAGCAGUCAAGGGAUUCACUGACUUUAUACAGAACAUGGAGACAGAGGAGACCAACAGUUACAAUAACGAAGAAAUGUUGCUGGAGCUAGAGAAGGAGUACAUUGAAGCAGCAAAGAUAAAUGAUGUACAGACCAUGAAGAUUCUGGGAAGGGCAGUCAAGGUUGACGCAAAGAACUUGCAUGAUCGCACUGCCCUGCACUAUGCAGUUGCUGGAAAAAACAUAGAGGCCGUCCAAGUCCUUCUCCAGCGCAGAGCAAACAUCAAUCAAGAGGACAAGCAUGGAGUGACAGCCAUCCACCUGGCUGCCUGGUUUGGGAGUCUGCCCAUCCUGAAGUUGCUUGUGCAGGGUGGUGCUGAUCAGAAGGUUGAGAAUGCGCUGGGAAUGAACAUCAUGCACUGUGCUGCCAUCAACAACCACACUGACAUAAUGACAUUCAUCAUCUACGACCUGAUGAUGAAAGAGCUGGACAAAGAGGACCUGUCUGGACACAGAGCGUUUGCUUUGGCAGCAGAGCAUGGCUCUGUGGAGAUGCUGCAGAUGUUGAUGGAGGAGGCAUACAAUAUGGCCACCAUGGAGGAAGACCAGAAUAGGAACACACCUCUGCAUUUGGCUGCCAGCAAUGGCCACUUGGAUGUCGUCCAGCUACUGCUGAAGAGCUUUGAAACUCGCAAUGAAGUCAAUACGGCUGGGGAGACUGCUCUAUACCUGGCUGCUGGCGCUGCACAUGAGGACUGCGUCCAGGCUCUGUUGGAGGCAGGCUGUGACCCAAACAUUGUCACCAUGGACCAUAGCAGUGCUCUACACCCUGUCUCAGAGAAGGGCCACACAUCGUUGGUGAGACUCCUCAUAGAGAACUCGGCCCAGGUGGACUUACAAAACCAGCACCUCCAGGCUCCUCUCUACCUGGCAGUGAAGAACUGUCACAUCCCUGUCAUCCACACACUGCUCGAGGCUGGCUGCAACAUCAACGUCACUGAUCACAGGUCCCAGACUGUCCUGCAUGUCGCUGCAGAGCUGGCCAGAGUGGACAUUGUUGAGAUGCUUCUGAAAGCUGGGAUGGACCUCGUCCUCCAAGACAAGCAGGGUAAGACAGCACUGGGUGUGGCAGCCCGAGCAGACGAGGUCAUCAUCGUUGACAUGAUCAUCAAGGCAGAGAGAUAUUUGACAUGGAGGAUGGCCAACACUGAGCUUAAUGAGAACCUUCACAGCCAGACUCCGCUGACGUUUAAAUUAGACCACCGCACGGAGAGCAAACAGACCCGCAGCACUGCCUGGCACCUGGCCUACCGCCUGCUGAAGCCAGGUGACUGGAAGAGGCUGGCGCUGCACUGGCAUUUCACUGAGCAGCAGGUGGCUGCCAUCGAGGAGCAGUGGACAGGGCAGCAGAGCUACCAGGAACAUGGGAACAGGAUGCUGUUGAUCUGGCUUCAUGGGGUAGAGCUGGCCCAAAGGAGCCAUGCUAAAGAGCUGUACCAGGGCCUGCUUGCUAUAGGCAACAAGACUAUAGCAGAUAAAAUACGAAUGGACACGGAGGAAGGAGACAUGAAGAAAUGCAUCCUUUCAUAAAGGUGAAAGAAAACGACAUAGGUGUGCUUGAGUCAACAAGAUGAUUUUUUUCCAAAGCAUUUGUGUGGUUAUUUUUCAAUUGAUCUUUAUAUAUAUAUUUAGAUUAUUACAUGUUUUACUCUGUGAACAUUUUUGUACACAGCCUUGUGUACUUGCUCGAUGUCUACUAUAGUGGCCACUAUAAUAGAGCAAAAAUAGAAUGCCUGUUUUUCAAUCAAAUUUGAUUAGUUCCAUGCGCCGAAGACAACAGGUGUAGCAGUAAAAUGCUUACUUACGAGCCCCGAACCUGCAAUGGCAGUUUCAAAAAAUAUGCAUAAGAAUAAGAGAAACAAGUAAUUAAAGAGUAAUUCUAUUUCUACUUUGUUUUUCCCCCAAAUUGCAAUAUGUAAAUGUGUGUGUGUGUGGUCACAACCAUUCUAUUAUAAAGGCUGUCGUGGCUAACUGCAA